AUGGCAAACUCCGACAAUCACAGGACGCCGCCGCACAUCGCUCUCUUACCCAGCGCGGGCAUGGGCCACCUCAUGCCCUUCCUCCGCCUCGCCGCCGUCCUCUCCUCCCACAACUGCACCAUAACCCUCAUCACCCCCACCCCCACUGUCUCCGCUGCCGAAUCCACCCACCUCACCACCUUCUUCUCCAACCACCCCCACAUCCACCGCCUCCACUUCCCCAUCCCGCCAUUCGAUUCCUCUUCCACGCCCAUCAACACCGAUGACCCUUUCUUCAUCCGCUGGUACCAAAUCAGCCAGUCCCUGCCCCUCCUCUCCCCUCUCCUCUCCUCUCUCUCUCCUCCCCUCUCCGUCGUCCUCUCCGACUUCGCUGCCUCAAUGAGCUUCAGCCAACUUGCUGACCACCUCUCCAUCACUUACUACGUCGUUUUCACCUCCUCCGCCAGAGUUCUCUCCCUCUUUGCCUCCCUCCCUUCCUUAAAUCUUGGUGCGAUUGAGGAUUAUGUCGAAAUCCAAGAUUUACCUCCACUGCCUAAAUCAAGCUUGCCUCCACCUUUCUUCAACCCAAAACAUUUCUUCACGUCCUUUGCGUUAUCGAAUGUUCAAUCUUUGCCCAAAGCCAAAGGAAUGUUUCUAAACACAUUUGAGGAAUUUGAAAUGGAGACAAUUACAGCACUCAACAAUGGGAGAGUAUUAAGUACUAUGAAACUACCACAUGUUAUUCCCAUUGGCCCACUUGAGCCUUUUAACGUCAAAAGUGGCAAAAAAUCGGAGAAGGGUAGUGAUUAUCUGGUAUGGUUGGACGACCAAAGUGAUGGAUCUGUGGUUUAUGUCAGUUUUGGGAGUAGAACGGCCAUGUCAAAAGAACAGAUAAGAGAGAUUGGAAAUGGACUGGAGAGAAGUGGGUGUGCUUUCUUUUGGGUUUUAAAAGGCAGCAAGGUUGACAAGGAAGAUAAAGUGGAGAUAGAAGAAUUACUAGGCGAGGGGUUCACGGAGAGAACGAAAAGCAGGGGAGUUGCGGUGAAAGGAUGGGUGGAGCAGGAGGAGAUUUUAUCGCACCCCGCGAUCGGAGGGUUUGUGAGUCACUGCGGGUGGAACUCGGUGAUGGAGGCGGCUCGGCACGGGGUGCCGGUGCUGGCUUGGCCGAUACAUGGCGACCAGAAGGUGAAUGCGGAGGUGGCGGAGACGGCGGGGUUGGGGGUGUGGGUGAGGGAGUGGGGGUGGGGUGGGGAGAGGUUAGUGAGAGGCGAAGAGGUUGAAGACAAGGUUAGAGAGAUGAUGAGCGACGAGAAGUUGAGGAGGAAAGGUAAGGAGAUCAGGGAAGAGGCUCGGAAGGCGUGGGAUCAAAGUGGCAGCUCUCAAAAAUCUUUGAUGGAAUUCAUUGAUGAAUUGAAGCACACAAAUUUGGCAAUUAUUUCUUAA